CAUCUCCUUUUAUGGUUGCAUCACACAGGUGUAUCUAUUCAUAUGGGCUUUGGGUACAGAGCUUUUCCUUCUGUCAUUUAUGGCUUUUGACCGCUAUGCUGCUAUCUGCCAUCCUCUGCAGUACACAGUCAUUAUGAGGAAGGAAGUAUGUGUUGGAAUAGCAA